UUCCAUCCAAGCAUCAAAAUUGACUAAUAAAAAUUUAAAUUUGAAUUCACCGGUGCCACUUAUUAAUGAACGAACAUCUGAUAGUAUUAGUAUUAAUAAUAAACAAUCAUCAAAUAGUGUUAUUGACAUAUCUGAAUCUUUUUCACCAAUUCCAAUACCAGAAUCUG